AUGAAUAUAUCGUUUCAGCAAAUUACAAAAUCAAGAGAUUACAUCUUAUCUAUUGGUUUUCCUCGUUCAUUCUUAUUUUUUAUGAUUAGAAUCAAUAGAAGCAGAGAUCCUGUAGCUUAUCUUCGAUAUAUAAUUGAUCAUUAUUCAAAUUUACCAUCAUCAAUAGCUUUUGUUCAUGGACAUCGAACAUCUUGGCAUCAAAGAGAUCCGUCAGAUAUUGUUACUGCAUUACGAGCAUUACAAUGCCAUAAAUAUAAUUAUAUGCCAUUAACUAAUAAAAAGACUGAGCAUGAAUUUAAACAGAAUUCAAGAAAUCGUCAAGAUAGAGUUAAUUAUAAUUUAUGGAAAGCGGUUUUACAAAAAGAACUUAGGCCUGCACCAGCAAAUGGAAUACGAACACAUUGUUAUGUAACAUUUGCUAUUAAAAGAGAAGCUUUUCUUACUCAUCCAACAAUAGUUUAUUCAAAUAUUCUUGAUUAUCUUCUGACUACUAGUUAUUCAGAUUAUUAUACAAGUAGAACACUUGAAUAUGCUUGA